AUGGCGCCACCACCACCGCCUUCAUCCACGGCCUCGUCGCGGCAGCAGCUGCAGAGCAUCACGAUACCGCGGUACACGAGCACGCUGCCGAUCCACUACACCGUCGUGCUGCAGCUACCCGUACAGACGUGGUCGGUGCAGCGGCGCUACUCUGCCUUCCUCACGCUCCACUCGCAGCUCACCGCCUCGGUCGGCGCUCCCCCCGCCACGCUGCCGGGCAAACAAAACGCAGGCUCCUACUUUCUCCAGCGCAUCGUUGGCGGCGGCGGCGGCGGCGGCGGGUCGAAGAUGCUGCAUCAGCAGGGUGGUGAUGCUGAUGGGGAGUUGGAGGAGAGGAGGAAGGGGCUGGAGAGGUACCUCUUUGAUUCCACUGCGGCGACCGAGGGAUCGACGAGGAACGCUACAUCCACCACCGCCGCCGCCGCCGCCGCCGCCAGCUCGUCGGCCAAGGUGACAUCGACUCUGCCCGGAUCCCUCCCCGCUUCGUCGUCAUCGUCCACGUCAAAGGACGGCGGGACGGCCUACCGAUCCCUGGGCGCCCCCACCGCCUCCUCGUCAGCAGCAGCACAGGACCGGGCGAAUUCGAGCAACGCGGCGCUCUACACGUCGCAGCAGCAGGAAAUGGACCGGCAGGACGAGCAGCUCAACGGCCUCACGGCCAUCCUGCGCCGCCAGCGCCACCUCGGCGAGACGAUCAACACUGAGCUCCAGGAGCAGACUGAGCUGCUGCGCACCCUCGACGACGAGGUCGAGUCCGCCCAGAACAAGAUGCACGCCGCAGAGGGAAAAAUGGAAAAGGUCGAGGGCAAACGCACAAAGCGCCUCUUUGGAUUCGCAUAG